AUGGUGGUCACCGAUUACAAAGAAGCCAUUCGAAGGGCCAAUGAGCUUCGCGAAACCUCGCUUAAAAAGGUACCCAACUAUAUUCGCGACGAAGACCUACCUAAGAACUUGGGGCACUACGUCCUCGAUGUACCCGAGAAGGUCUUGACGUCGCGCGAAUUCGAGAUCACCCAAAAGUACGAUGCGACGGCGCUGGUGGCGGCACUUCAAAGCGGGAAGCUCACUUCGACCGAGGUCGUCAAGGCCUUCCUCCGUCGCGCGACACUCGCCUCGCGGCUCGUCAACUGUGUCACGGAAUUCCUCGCCGACGACGCGUUGGAGCGAGCGGCGUACCUAGAUGCCUACUUUAAGGAACACGGCAAGCCCAUCGGCCCCUUACACGGUCUCCCGAUCAGUGUCAAGGACCACAUUGGCAUGAAGGGCAAGGUCAACAGUAUCGGUUUCUGCUCCAUGAUCGACAAUGUGGCCGAGAAAGAUGCCGACAUCCUGGUCCUGCUUCGGAACCUGGGUGCCGUCUUCCACGUCCGCACCACUCAGCCACAGGCGCUUUUUUCCAUCGACACGUCGAGUCCUCUCUGGGGCAAUACCGUCACGCCCUACAACCGGAACCUGAGCGCCGGUGGAAGCUCGGGCGGCGAAGGAGCUCUCAUCGGCAUGCGUGGUAGUGUCCUCGGCUUGGGUACCGAUAUUGGCGGCUCCGUUCGGGUCCCCGCGGCCCACAAUGGAAUUUAUGGAUUUCGUUGCUCCGCACGGCGCACGCCGUACGACGGCAUCUGCCUCUCGGCUGGAGGGUCGGAGCAGAUUCUCUGUAUCGUCGGACCUAUGGCGGUCUCGCUGCGCGAUUGUCAACUCCUGCUCAAGACGUUGGAAGACGCUCAACCCUGGUCCCUCGACCCUUACUGUCUCCGGAUGCCCUGGCGGGAGGUUCCCAAACGGCGAGACUUCACCAUUGGUGUCAUGUGGAAUGACGGUAUCGUGGAACCUCACCCGCCCGUGAAACGGGUAUUGAAGGAGGCCGUGGCCAAGCUGGAAGCGGCCGGCGUCAAGUUGAAAGAAUGGACCCCGUACGAGCACAAGAAAUGCUGGGAGAUCAUCGCCGCCCUAUACUGGAUCGACAAUGGCAAGGUCGACUUCAAAGCCAUGGAGGCGAGCGGCGAACCCUGGUAUCCCUUGACGAAAUGGAUCCUGCCGGAAAACGAGUACGCCAAAGACCGGACCAUCGCCGAGAACUGCGCCAUCGUCGUGGAAAGGGACCAGUACAAGAAGGAAUACUUGCGACGCCUUAACGAGGCCGGCGUCGACUUCAUCUUGUGUCCCGCCACCAUCGGUGCCGCCAUGCCCAUCCAAAAGGCUCGAUCUUGGGCCUACACGGCUCAAUGGAACUUGUUGGACUAUCCGGCCAUCGUCUUCCCAGCCGGUCAGAUGGACAUGGAAAAGGACAAAAAGGACGAGACGUACGUGCCCAAGUCAGAGGAAGACAAGUACUUUUACGAUCUCUACGAGCCCGAAGUCUUCAAGGACGCCCCUGUCGGCCUCUCGCUCGUCGGGCGAACAUAUUACGACGAGGAAUUGGCCAGUGCACUCGAGGUGGUGCAAGAGAUCCUCGCAGAAUAG